AUGGCUACUUAUCCCUAUGUCAUCGUAAACGCAUUCACGCGUACGGCCUUCGGGGGUAACCCAGCUGUUAUCGUUGCUCUCCCACCAGGCUUUCUUUCUCAGUCCCAAACAUUCAGCGAAGAAACCAUGAUAGGAAUCAGUCUCACAUUUGCGCAGCCCAUCUGCGUCUUUCUGUCGCUAUCCCAAAACGACUCCACCCUCCUUGACGUCCGAUUCUAUACUGGCCCCCACGCACCACUUAUCUGUGGACACGGGAUGUUCGCUGCAGUGAAGGCACUAUGUACAAAUGCACUGCCAUCCCUUGGUCAAUGGGGUCCCGAAGUAAAGCUCAGCACGAAGGCUGGUACGAUUAUUUCUGCAUUCAGCGUCGCAGAGACCGUUUCCGAUGAAGAAAAGUAUGAAAUUGCGCUUCCCGCCACUCCAGUUGUUGCCCUUCUGAAUGCAGAGACGGCAAGGAUUGCAAGUGUAGUCAGCGAGGCCGCCGGCAGGGAUAUACAGGUGGAGUAUGCCGCCAAAGGCGAGGGCGAGAUGGGCAAUUACUUGAUGAUUGUCGUCGGUCCAAAUGAAAACAUAGGCGACAUGAAACUAGAUACUGAUGUGCUGCGCAAAACUUCUUACGGUAUCAAUAUCAUCACACACAUUACGCCUGAGGCGGAUCAAGUCUUCGUCUCGCGUAUGUUUGCACCUGCAUACGGUCUCCCUGAAGACCAUGUCUGUGGAAGCGCACACACGUUGCUCGUACCUUACUGGGCGACUCGACUCGGAAGGAGGAAUCGGGAGGAGAUGUACGUUCGUCAGGUGAGCCCGCGCGGAGGAGAGUUGUGGGUAGCUUGGGAUCAGGACAAAGAUCUUGUCAGGCUCAAGGGCUACGCGAAACCUUUUGGAAGAGGUGAAUUAACCGUCUGA